GGCGGCGGCGGCGGCGGCGGGGGCGGCAGGAUGCUCAGCCUGGACACCAAGCUGAAGAUCCUGGAGCGGCUGUCCAAGGGGGAGGGGACGGGCUCCAUCGCCCGGUCCUUCGGCCUGAAGGAGUCCAUCAUCCGCAGCGCCAGGAAGCACGGCCUCAGGAUCAGACACACGUCCCAGGGCCCCAGCUCGGCCCCCACCAGCCGCCGACGCAGGAUCAAGGGACCCCACCUGCACAGGAUCGAGAGGGAGCUGGCCUGCUGGAUCGAGAAGCAGAACCGCCUGCAGGUCAGUAUCGACGUCACCGCCGUGAGGGAGAAGGCCGUCGCCCUGCACAGGAAGCUGCAGGAGGAGACGUGUUCCUUGAGCGUCCUGCAGGAGAAGUUCGUGGCGAGUCCUGGCUGGUUCGAGAAGUUCAAGAUCCGGCAGCAGGUCCACGUGACCAAGACAGGUGGAGUGAUAAAGUUGCCAUCAGACGAGGACAAAAAGUUUGACAGAACAUCAAGUUCUUUGCAUAAGGAGAGUUAUGCUUGUAGCGAUCUGGAAAAUGAUGGAGACGACUUCUUGGAAAUAAAGCAUGAACCCUUGGAAAUCUACAUCUCCGAAGAUGAAAGCGAGAAAAAUAUGAGUGGAACCAGUUAUCAUGACGUGAUGUAUGACAUCAGCCAAGAUAACACACUGGGUCCAGUGAUAAUGACAUGUGAAGGGGCCUACCAGUCUCAGAUCAUGUUCCCGGGCAACACCAGAGGGGAAUCCUUCCUUAUGCAGCUGCAGCAGGUUGUGCAGGAGGGAGGAUAUACUCCAGAUCAGGUGUUCUAUGCAAGCAAGACUGGCCUCUUUUGGAAACGUCUGCCCUCCAACACCUUCAUCUCCAAGGUUGAGAUGUCUUCUCCAGGUUACAAGGCCAGGAAUGACAGAUUUACCCUUCUCCUGUGUACAAAUAUGUCAGGAAACUUAAGACUGAAGCCAUUGCUUGUAUAUCACACUGUCAAACCAAGAGAUCUCAAUGUGACAUCAUUCCAGAUGUUGCCUGUACACUGGAGAUUUGACAGAAAAGCCUGUAUGACUACCAUGUUGUUUGAAGACUGGUUUGUUAACUGUGCCAUUCCAGAAGUCUCAGCCUAUUGUAAAGUGAAGAACCUAGAAGAAAAGGCCUUAAUAUUAGUGGACAGUGUUCUCAACCAGCCUGAACUUGUUAAUGAGUUUCAUCCAAAUAUCAAAGUCAUGUUCCUGCCAAACAAUAUUACCUCUCUCUUACAGCCUGUGGACCAGGGUGUUAUAGCACAGUUUAAAAGGAUUUAUACCAAGUCCCUUUUGCAGAAGUUAAUGUUUUUCACAGAGGGUAGGGAUGAAGAACUAGUUGAGAGUUUCUGGUCAAGCUACAGCAUGAAGGAGGCCCUCUUUAACAUUAGGGACAGCUGGAUGUCUGUUGAGAUUCCAGUUUUCAAUGAAAUCUGGGGAAAUGUGUGUCCCCACAGCAUCCAUGAUUUUGUUGGCUUUCCAAAUAUCUCAAGAGAAAUCCAGGAGAUCAUAGAACUUGCUAACAAGAUUCCUGGGCGGGGCUUUGCCGACAUCACUGAGGAGGACAUCAUGGAGCACUUGGAAUCCCACAUGGAAGAACUGACAGCUGAAGAAGUGGAAGAGCAGGUUAAGGCUUCGCAAGAAGAUGACCAAGAAAUUACAUCAGCCUCAUCUAUGUUGACAUCUUCAGAACUCAAGCAGGUGAUCAAGGUUCUCUACGAAACAGAGCAGGUCUUGAUAGAGAAAGAACGGAACCCCUUCAGAUUGGAACACAGCUUGCCUCAUCUCAAGAGUUUAAAGGCUAUCUACAUUGAUGCAUUGAAAAAAACAGAAAAGAGACAGUCAAGUACUCCUUCAUACUGUAAAGCAUAGGAAAUUAAAUUCUCUGUAGAUAUAAUCAUGGUGAUUCUAGGCCAUUUACACUGAUUCAUUGAAAAAACAAAGAAGAGGCUGUCAAACCCUCCACUGAUAUUAAAGUAUAGGAUGUUCUUAACUUAUUUUCAGGAAUUAGUUUUGGAAAUUAAAAAUAUGAGAGAUGCUGCGAGGUAGCAUAUAAUAGUUUUAAUAACAACUAGUGUUGAUAAUAACUUAAUACAAUACUGCCAAGUGAGAAUUGCAUGUAUGCAAGGAUGGAGAGAAGUGCGUUCUUAUUGUUGUGGAUAAUUUUUAAAUUUUUAUUCAUCAGGGAGUCUUUAACAGAGCUGAUGGUUUAUUCCUUACCUUGUAAGUUAGUGUUUUAUAUAUUUAUGUAUGCAUGAAUAAGUGCAUAAAUGUACAAAUACUCACACAGAAAUCCAGAUAUACAUACUCACUUAGGGGAAGACAUGCAUGUGCAAACACAAAAAGGGCACAUUCACACCCAUGUAUGUAUACUUGUACAGACAGAUGGAUAUAUUUGCUUUUCAUCUUUUAUCAUCAUUUUCAGAGGAGUAGAUAUUGCAAGAGUAUCUCCUGUCUCCUUUCCAACAUUUUUUUUAUGAAGAGUAUAAGGAUAAAAACAUUAAGGUUCAAACAGUUAUAGGUUAGGGCUAUAGAUUUAAGUAAUUUAUUUUCAUUUUGGAUAUUUUGCUAAGUAAUUAAAAAAAACUUCCUCAGGUUAUGCUAAUGUCCUUCAUUAUUUAUUAUUAAUUUUUUCUACUUGUCUUUUUUUCCUUUUUCUUUUUCUUUUCUUAAUCUUAGAAUUCCUGUAACAUGUAGUAGUAUUAUAUAUAAUGAUAGUUGAUUACACCAUAGACUGGAAAUGCUUUGUCACUGUUUAACUUUUUGAUAGUAUAUUAUGUUAUUUGUAAAUUUUUUUUAAUAUGUAAGUUUAGAAGUGGAAGUUCAAUAAAACUUUUUAU